CAAACGCGAAAAACUUUCUUGAUUUUCUGGUAAAUUGCAUUGAUAAAACACUUCAAACAGUUAAUGUAGUAUAAAUUAUUACUCACAUAUGUGUCGGGUAAUCAAUGUGCAAAUAUUCAACACCGAGAAAAUAUAAAAACUGUCAAAAGUCUUAAAAGUGUGUUUUUAAAAAGAGAAAAUUAAAGAUUGAAAACUCUUCAAUUUGCAGUUUAUAAUAGCGCUUUUGUAUUAUUCUAUAAUCUUGUAAUAAACUAAAACCAAACAGUGAUUGUUAUAAUUCAUUGAAUUAUAUCAAAUAAGAGAUUUUUAGAAUUUGAUCAAAUCGAAGGAGCGACUGAAUCCAGUCAACAUGUCGGAGCCAUCAUACUCUGAUGGUGAUGUUGUUUGGGUAAAAUGGAAUAGAUGUUGGUGGCCAGGUGAAGUUUGGAGCUCUUCUCGUGUCCCAGAAGAUAUGACAACAUCCCCAAAAAAGCCAGUCAUUGCUUAUGUGAAGUUCUUUCAAGAGGAAGCAUUUGAGUUUGUUUGUAAUCAGAAUAACAUUAUGAAUUAUCAAUGUGACAAGAAAGAAGAAUUUAUUAAAAAAGGAAUGGACAAAUAUCGUACACGAAGCAAGUUUAUGUCAAACUUUCCCGACGAUGUUGUCAAAGCUGAACGUUUAACUGGAGGUGAUGAAAAAAUUCUUGAAAAUUUGACUUCUCCAAUUAAAGACAAAGCAAAUACAUCAAUCAAAGGCACAAGAAAAUCUCUUGUUGAAAGUUCGCCUGUAACAGAAACAAAGAAACCACCUGGAGCAUAUAAUUCUGCAAGUAAAGUUCAAUUGACUUCAAACUCACCACAAAAAUCUGAUAAAACAAUGAGUUGUAAACUGUGUGACUUUGCCACCGAUCGAAUGAACUUAUUAAUGAUUCACAUGAGAAAUCAUUCCUUAACAUUUGCUGCAAAGGGUACUGAUUCGUCACCGGUUGAAGUGAAGAAAAGUUCUCCAGUUAAAAGUAAUUUCAAGAAAACAACAACAUCGAAUGACAGCAUUGCUGAUGAUGUUCGUAAAAUCAAAGAGUCGCUAAAACCAAAGCAAUCAACAUCACGCGCUAAAGCAUCUCGUGGAGCAAUAAAAAAUGUUCAAGAGAAGGAAAAAGAGAAAACAAGAAGCUCUUCACGAAAAGAUGAAAAGGAAGAAGAGAAACCAAUUAUAGAGAAGGUUGAAGAGAAGACCAAAACCAACAAUGAUCUUCAUAAAUUACUUGCUGAUUGGGCAGAUGAUGAUAUCGAUGAAAAUAUUGAAAUAAAAAAAGAAACAAACGAUGCAAAAGAAAAAUCUCAGGAUGUUUCGAAAGAAAACUCAUCGAAGCCACAUGGAACGAUAGAAAAAGUUGGAGAACCUUCCAGAUCAAUCCGUAAUAUUCCCAAAAAACGAAUCAGUGAAGUUUAUAAGCAACCAGAGAUUGUCAAGCCUAAAAUGGAAACUGAAUCAAUUGCUGUAUGUGAAGAGUCCUCAAACACGAAAACAACUCCUAAGAUGAGCAAACGAAAGUCAGCAGCUUCCGAAGCUGCAAUUAUUGUUGAAAACAAAUCAGAGCUUAAAGUUGAUGAUGAAAGUGACGAAAAGCUUUUGUCUGCCACCGCUGAGCUGCUCAAUUCGAUAGAAGUGCCUAAGUUGGAGAAUUCUCAAUCAUCAUCAACAUUCCACGAGUCUAAUGAUAUUGACAAAAAGAAAUUACCACCAAAGGAGAGAAAUAAGCGAAUGCUUCGUGACAAUUUAACAAAUGAAUCGACAAUUAAGAUGAAUACCGACAACAAUGGAACGAAUCUAAAUGAUGAUGUUAAAAAGACUUUGAUUCAAAGAGAAGUGAUGUUACCACAUAAAAAGAAGCAUUCAUCUCGUAUAAUGUCGCCUGAAAAGCCUUCACCUGUACGUGAAACGCGAAAUGUUCGCGAUGUUAAACAACUUGACUCAUUUGAAUCACAAAGAACGCGUCGGAAGAGAAAAUCGAGUGACGUUAAGUCAAGUUCAGUGGAAAUAAAACACGAAAAUGAACAUGAACAUAAGCAUGAUGAAAAAGAUGAGGACGAAGAAUUAUCAAUAAAGUUAAAGAUAAGCAAAGAAAUGGUAAAAGAGCAAAGUCCACUUCGUGAAGCUCAAGUGGAAAGCUUAACACCUUCUGACGGUUAUAUGAGACACAUGAGAAUGAAACGACGCUUAUCUGAAGAAUCAUCAACACCAAUUACUUCUGAUGAUCUUGAUACUUGCUCUGAACCGAAGAAACUUCACAAAUCUGACACUGAGAAAGAAUCACGAAAGAUUGUCGCGUGUGCCACUGAACCGAUUUGUAUAACAAGCAAAGGAAAUUUGUUAGUGUCAAAAGUAACGACAGCAACUACCACACAAGCAAAUACAGUCACUGUCACAUCUCAAGUUAUCAUAACAGAAGCCACACGAUCACCAAUCGUAGCAACCGCACAAUGCUCGGAAGUAAAAUCACAAGUCACAUCGACAUUAAAGAUUUCGUCGACAAAAACUGCUUUGAAAUGUCCAGCUGAGAAUUUAAUUGAAAUGAAGAAACAAGGAUUGGUAACGACAGGUCACGAUAAAAAGAAUAAAUUGACGGAGAAAGGGAAACAAAUCUAUAAAGAGCAGAAGAUAAAAGAAAAGACUGUAGAAGCGACAUUGGAAUGUGUUGCUGAAAAAGAUCUAAAGAACCAACACGCUGACGAAAUGGAAAUAAAAAGCUCUUCUGAUGUCUCUCCAGAUGUUAAUAACAGUUCAUCAGUUGCUGUUAACGAUGAUACUUCAGUACUUGUACCAGUGUUGGAUUCAAAAGAAAACGCUGAUGAAAGUCCCAUAGAAGAGCAGCAAGAGCAGAUUCCGUCAGAGUCAAUUGUCGAUGAGAGUACAAAUAACAAUGAUAUUGAUAAAGAAUCAAUUGUUAAUGUUGUUGCAUCGCCAUCAGCCAAAGAAAUGAAUGUGGAUGAGUCUACAAUGCAACAAGAUCCAAUUGAGAAUGGAAAAGAAGCGGAAAAUGAGGCAUCGACAACAACGACAACAGCAACGUCAGCAGUAGUUGAAGAUCCAAACAGUAGCGGUGCUGGUCUUAUCGCGAUGCAAGCUGAAACAUUUGGUGGACCUCCAAAUUGCUUCUAUUUGUGUCGUCAAAUUGAUUCAGACCGAUAUGAACCAGUUGACAAUCAAAUUCUAGUGUUAAACGCUCAAAAUGCUUUGGUUCCUUUGGAAGGUGAAAUUAUGGAUGAUCCAAUUGCAUCUCAAGAUUCAAAUAUCAUCAUCAACACACCUUCGGGUCAGAAGAUUGAAUUGAGUCACUUUACGAUAAUGGCUUUGCAAGAAGAAGCUGACGAGAAUGGCGUGGCAACAGUUGAACUUGGCGGGGAAUCUUUGGAGUUGAAUAUUAAUUUAAUCCUUGAAGCGAUUAGUCAACAACAAGAUGCCAAUGAAACUGAGACACUUCUCCCCGCGGCAAUGCUUCUUGAUGGAGAAACUUUAAUCUUAGAGCCAUCUGAACUACAAACCGAAAUUCAUCACUCAGCAACGCAAGUGUCUGAAACACUCUCAAAGCCUAUAAUGUCAACAACAGUUGCACCUGAAAUCACAAGCACGACAAAAGCUACAAUUUCCGAUAAUGUAUCAAAGAAUUUAAAUAUUGAAGAUAGUUUGGCAUCGAUUGGUGUGACAACCCAACAAAUACGAUCGAAUGUGCCAAAAUCAUUGGAACUUCCAAUUACCGUUACUAAUCCAACAAUUGCAGAAACUGUAAAUCAUCGAAAGUUGGCAAAUGCACCGGCUUUAAGUGACAUUAUCGAUGCCAGUUCCGUUGUUGUACCGGAAAACUUUAUCGUUCAAACAAAUGAUAACAACGCCUCUGAUGUAUCAUAAAACAACAUAAAUUUCUAGAAAAUCUAUGAAUAUUGCAAAGAAAUGUAAAGAAGAGAAAAAUUUGUCUUUCUGUUAUCAAAGUUUUGAUAUAAAAAAGAUCAUUAAGAUGUCAUUUUUUUUUUUGUCUGUUUGACUAAAUAUUAAGUUUAGUUUAGUGCCUCCCACUUUAAACCUUUCGCGUUCUUUCUCUGGUGCUUCGUUAUCACCAUCAUCCAACAAGAGGAAAUAAUUUCGCAAUUCUAGUUUGUUAAGAUAAAUAAUUAUGAGAAAUAUUGAACAGAAAGAGAAAAUGUUUGAUGACAUUUGAAUAAGAAUUUUUUUUCUAAAUUAUUCAGCAGUUUUUUAAAAGCUGAUAAGAAAAUGACGUCGUCAGACAUAAAAAUAUAUUUCUGAUUACAUUUAAGAAUUCUUUCGAAAUGUUUUGGUUUUUUAACGAUGAAGAUGUUUUGAAGGAAGGAAAUAAAAAUCGAUUUGAAUUGAACUUCAUGACGUCAUGAUGGAGAACUUCUCGUUUAAGCUUCAACGCUGAGCAUUAAAAUUAAAAAAAAAAAGAAGAUAAAGGAUUGUAAUAUUAUUUAUAAUAAACUUAUUGUGUUUCUUUUA